UUUUUGUACCUUUUUCACGUUUGAAAAUGGUGAAGCUCGAUAUUCAUACUUUGGCACAUCACCUCAAGCAGGAGCGCUUAUAUGUAAACUCUGAGAAACAGCUCAUUCAGAGGCUCAAUGCGGAUGUACUUAAGACAGCUGAAAAGUUGUAUCGUACAGCAUGGAUUGCAAAGCAACAGAGAAUUAAUUUGGAUCGGCUUAUCAUAACCAGUGCUGAAGCUUCCCCUGCUGAAUGUUGCCAGCAUGCCAAGAUUUUGGAAGAUACACAGUUUGUUGAUGGUUAUAAGCAGUUAGGAUUUCAGGAGACUGCUUAUGGAGAAUUCUUGAGUAGAUUAAGGGAGAAUCCUCGUCUUAUUGCCUCCUCUUUGGUUGCUGGAGAAAAACUUAAUCAGGAGAACACACAAAGUGUUAUUUACACAGUUUUUACCUCUCUAUAUGGCAAUUGUAUUAUGCAAGAAGAUGAAAGCUACCUCCUUCAGGUUUUGCGAUACUUGAUUGAAUUUGAACUUAAAGAAAGUGACAACCCCAGGCGACUUUUGAGGAGAGGAACUUGUGCCUUCAGCAUCUUAUUUAAACUUUUUUCCGAGGGACUCUUUUCUGCCAAACUUUUCCUCACAGCUACUUUACACGAGCCAAUCAUGCAACUGCUUGUUGAAGAUGAAGAUCACCUGGAAACAGAUCCAAACAAGUUAAUUGAAAGAUUCUCCCCUUAUCAACAGGAAAAACUCUUUGGAGAGAAAGGCUCAGAUAGAUUUAGGCAAAAGGUUCAAGAGAUGGUGGAAUCCAAUGAAGCCAAACUGGUGGCGUUGGUGAACAAAUUUAUUGGUUAUCUCAAACAGAAUACAUAUUGCUUUCCACAUAGUUUGAGGUGGAUUGUGUCACAAAUGUACAAAACUCUUUCCUGUGUAGACAGACUGGAAGUCGGAGAGGUCAGGGCAAUGUGUACUGAUCUCCUCUUGGCUUGCUUUAUUUGUCCUGCAGUUGUCAAUCCAGAACAGUAUGGCAUAAUUUCUGAUGCUCCUAUUAAUGAAGUGGCAAGAUUUAAUCUAAUGCAGGUUGGCCGCCUUCUGCAGCAGUUAGCAAUGACUGGCUCUGAAGAGGGAGAUCCUCGGACAAAAAGCAGCCUUGGAAAAUUUGACAAAAGCUGUGUUGCUGCUUUCCUUGAUGUUGUGAUUGGGGGCCGUGCAGUGGAGACCCCUCCAAUGUCCUCUGUUAAUCUUCUGGAAGGGUUGAGCAGAACUGUGGUUUAUAUAACCUACAGUCAGCUUAUUACUCUGGUAAAUUUCAUGAAGAGUGUGAUGUCUGGAGAUCAACUGAGAGAAGAUAGAAUGGCUCUUGACAAUUUAUUGGCAAAUCUACCCCAGGCUAAGCCAGGAAAAAGCAGCAGUUUAGAAAUGACUCCUUAUAAUACCCCUCAGCUCUCCCCAGCAACCACUCCAGCAAAUAAAAAGAAUCGAUUACCUAUAGCAACUCGGAGCAGAAGCCGCACUAAUAUGCUAAUGGACCUACAUAUGGACCAUGAAGGAUCAUCUCAAGAAACCAUCCAGGAGGUCCAACCAGAAGAAGUGUUGGUCAUUUCCUUAGGGACAGGUCCCCAGCUUACUCCAGGGAUGAUGUCAGAAAAUGAGGUCCUAAACAUGCAGCUUUCCGAUGGAGGACAAGGAGAUGUCCCUGUUGAUGAAAACAAACUCCACGGUAAACCUGAUAAAACCUUGCGCUUUUCCCUCUGCAGUGAUAAUCUGGAAGGCAUAUCUGAAGGUCCUUCAAAUCGGUCCAAUUCAGUGUCCUCUCUAGACCUGGAAGGAGAGUCUGUAUCAGAACUUGGAGCAGGACCUUCUGGGAGUAAUGGAGUUGAAGCUCUACAGCUGUUAGAACAUGAACAAGCUACGACACAAGAUAAUCUUGAUGAUAAGCUAAGGAAGUUUGAGAUUCGUGACAUGAUGGGACUAACAGAUGAUAGGGACAUAUCAGAAACAGUGAGUGAGACCUGGAGUACAGAUGUCUUGGGAAGUGACUUUGACCCUAACAUCGAUGAAGAUCGCUUGCAAGAAAUUGCAGGUGCAGCCGCGGAGAACAUGUUAGGCAGUUUGCUGUGCCUCCCAGGUUCAGGGUCAGUACUUCUUGACCCCUGCACUGGUUCUACCAUCUCAGAGACAACAAGUGAAGCUUGGAGUGUAGAGGUACUACCAAGUGACUCAGAGGCCCCGGACCUAAAGCAGGAGGAGCGCCUACAAGAGCUGGAGAGCUGUUCUGGACUGGGCAGCACAUCUGAUGAUACAGAUGUCAGGGAGGUCAGUUCCCGCCCCAGCACACCAGGCCUCAGUGUCGUGUCGGGUAUAAGUGCAACCUCUGAGGAUAUUCCUAAUAAGAUUGAAGACCUAAGAUCUGAGUGUAGCUCUGAUUUUGGGGGUAAAGAUUCUGUCACUAGUCCAGACAUGGAUGAAAUAACUCAUGGCGCCCACCAGCUGACCUCUCCUCCUUCUCAGGCAGAGUCUCUGCUCGCCAUGUUUGAUCCUCUGUCUUCACAUGAAGGGGCUUCUGCUGUAGUAAGGCCAAAGGUUCACUAUGCCAGGCCAUCACAUCCACCCCCAGACCCCCCGAUCCUGGAAGGAGCAGUGGGAGGAAAUGAGGCCAGGUUGCCCAACUUUGGUUCCCACAUGUUAACUCCAGCUGAAAUGGAGGCUUUUAAGCAAAGGCAUUCUUACCCUGAGAGACUAGUUCGCAGCAGGAGCUCUGAUAUAGUAUCUUCUGUCCGGAGACCCAUGAGUGACCCCAGCUGGAACCGUCGUCCAGGGAAUGAAGAGCGAGAACUCCCUCCAGCUGCAGCCAUUGGUGCUACUUCUUUGGUGGCUGCACCUCACUCAUCAUCGUCAUCCCCGAGUAAGGACUCUUCAAGAGGAGAGAUUGAAGAACGCAAAGAUAGCGAUGACGAGAAGUCAGACAGGAACAGACCUUGGUGGAGAAAACGUUUUGUUUCAGCCAUGCCUAAAGCUCCUAUACCAUUUAGAAAGAAAGAAAAACAAGAAAAAGACAAAGAUGAUCUGGGGCCUGACAGAUUCUCAACACUCACAGAUGAUCCCAUCCCUAGGCUCACUGCACAAGCUCAGGUUGCUGAGGAUAUUCUGGACAAAUACCGGAAUGCCAUUAAACGGACCAGCCCCAGUGAAGGAGCAAUGGCAAACUAUGAAAAUGCAGAGGUCAUGGGUGAUGGUGAAAGUGCACAUGAUUCUCCUCGGGAUGAAACACUACAGAACAUCUCAGCUGAUGAUCUCCCAGACUCUGCGAGCCAAGCAGCCCACCCUCAGGAUUCAGCUUUUUCUUAUAGAGAUGCGAAAAAGAAACUGAGGCUUGCUCUUUGCUCUGCGGACUCUGUUGCCUUCCCAGUGUUAACCCAUUCAACAAGGAACGGAUUACCAGACCAUACAGACCCAGAAGAUAAUGAAAUUGUAUGCUUCUUAAAAGUUCAAAUAGCUGAAGCAAUUAAUUUACAAGAUAAGAACUUAAUGGCUCAACUUCAAGAAACAAUGCGUUGUGUAUGCCGUUUUGAUAAUAGGACAUGUAGGAAACUGCUGGCAUCCAUUGCUGAGGACUACAGGAAAAGAGCCCCAUAUAUCGCUUACCUCACUCGCUGUCGACAAGGACUGCAGACUACGCAGGCUCACCUGGAGAGGCUCUUGCAAAGGGUUUUACGGGACAAAGAGGUAGCCAAUCGAUAUUUUACCACUGUCUGUGUGAGGUUACUGCUUGAGAGCAAAGAAAAGAAGAUCAGGGAAUUCAUUCAAGAUUUUCAGAAACUCACAGCAGCUGAUGAUAAAACUGCUCAGGUAGAAGAUUUUCUACAGUUUCUUUAUGGUGCAAUGGCCCAGGAUGUCAUAUGGCAAAAUGCAAGUGAAGAGCAGCUGCAGGAUGCUCAGCUGGCCAUCGAACGAAGUGUGAUGAAUCGCAUUUUCAAGCUUGCCUUCUACCCUAAUCAGGAUGGGGAUAUCCUUCGUGACCAGGUUCUUCAUGAACAUAUCCAGAGGUUGUCUAAAGUAGUGACUGCAAAUCACAGAGCUCUUCAGAUCCCAGAGGUUUAUCUUCGGGAAGCACCGUGGCCAUCUGCACAAUCAGAAAUCAGGACAAUAAGUGCUUAUAAAACCCCCCGGGACAAAGUGCAGUGCAUCCUGAGAAUGUGCUCUACAAUUAUGAACCUCCUGAGCCUGGCCAAUGAGGACUCUGUCCCUGGAGCAGAUGACUUUGUUCCUGUGUUGGUGUUUGUGUUGAUAAAGGCAAACCCACCUUGCCUGCUGUCCACUGUGCAGUACAUCAGCAGCUUCUAUGCCAGCUGUCUGUCUGGAGAAGAGUCCUAUUGGUGGAUGCAGUUCACAGCAGCAGUAGAAUUCAUUAAAACCAUUGAUGACCGAAAGUGACCAAGACAAAGGCCCACCAUGGCAGCAGACUGUUAGUCAGGCAAACAGAUCUCUAAGAAAAUGCAGCAGCUGCUUUGAAGGCUGAAGAUUGUUUUUGUAUAAUAUUGUACAGCAUUCAGACAUUUUAAAACAGAUCUUUACUAAAACAGAUUAAUGAGCUAACAAGCAGGUUCUCUUUUCUUUGGGCUCUUUUCCUUUCUAAGUUGCAUAUUUAAUUUUCUUGUCCCCAAGUAGAGAAUAGUACUGCAAAAAGGGACCACAUUUUUUCAGGUAUUUUGAAAUAUUGAAAAACAGAACAGAAUCUCUUAAGGAAUUCCUAGACGUCCAUUCGUGGAUACCCCAUUCUUUCCUAUUGUUUAAAAAGAACAGUACACCUCUUUUAAGAUGCUGUCUUAUAUGCAUCUAAUGGAAGAAAGAUACCAGCUGCACUGAGGGUUAUAAUAGUAGUGCAUUUGUGGCAUUAUCUAUAAAUACACUCACCUAAGUUGAAAAGCUAAGAAGGAAAUGUAAAUAUAAUAUAUAUUUAUAUUUGAUGUAAUAUGGACAUCUUCAGAUUCUAAUAAACAAGGAAUAUUGCUGAUAGUAGGUUGUGAAAAACCCUCUUGUGAAAUGGUUUCCUUGACAAAAUUUAAGCUGAGCUUAAAAGCAAAAAACACAGAAAUAUUUAUUAAAGUGUCAUACAGGUCAUUGAACUCUUAGAUGUGGAAUCUGAUGAGGAGUCUGGAAGUCCCUGAGGAGGUCAUGUAGGCACAGCAUUCUGUGGAAGCACGUGAACCUGCACUCCUAAGAGACAGACUCUCUAGGUGACAUAAAAAGGAACAGUAGACAGCCAAGAUAUCAGUGUGGUACUUCUCAUCUAAAAUACUAAGUAUGCUAUAGAAACCCCAGACGGAGCUCCUUAUAAACUUCUUUUAAUUGUAAUAUAUUUUUGAUGAUUAUUCACAUUGAAUGCACAUACCAGGAAUUCAGUGAAUGUCAUUUUUUUUUAAAACUAAUUUGUAUUGUCUGCUCUAGUGAUACAGGUUUUACUAGUGAUAAACUAUUUUAACCAACCAUACUAUUCUUAUGGAAAAAAAAUCUAUUUUGACAGGUUUCUGUGCCUUUAUUUCCCUAUUCUGAAAAAAAGUAAUAUGUUUCAGUAGUUUGGUUUGAAUUGUGUAUUGAUAAUUAAUCAGGAAUGGGCUUUGGUGUCUGAGCAACUGGCCCAGGAGGUACACCAAAGCUUCAAGCACAAAUCUUGUACAUAGGCCAUCACCAACUUGUUCUGCUUUGUAUGUUUCCUAAACAUGUUUAUCUUCUUUUAUAACAAACACAGUCCCAUUGAGCCCCUCAUUGCUGGCAGCAAUUUUAGGCAUUUGUUUUUAAGGGAACUGUGACAACCAGCCAUGAGCAGGUGGAUACAAAAGCUGUCUGCUCUCUUCUUGAGAUCUCUGUGUCUCCUAAUGCCAAAAGAAGCUGGAUUUUUUUUCA